AUGACAACCCGAUCAUUGCUUAGACUCCCAGACAAAUCCCUUUUGGGAUAUUGCUGCAUUUCUGCCCUCAAAAGGCAGAUGAAAGCACGCGGGCCUUUGGGGGGCCCCGUGGGGCCCCCCGCGUCCUCGUGGGGUCCGCCUAUCGGGAACGCUGCCAACAUUCUCUCCAUGCGGCAGAGGCAGAAGAUAGAUUAUGGGGGGGACCCUAUAGGGCAGAGAACUUUGCUUCCAGCUGCGGCGGCAGGCGCAGCAGCAGUGGUAACGGCGACAGCGCCAGCAACAGCAGCGGUAGGAUAUGCAACGCCAGCAGCAGCAACAGCAGCAACAGCCGCUGCAGUACGGGUGAAAACAAUAGCAUCGAGGCAGCUGAACCCUAGCGAUGCAUUUAGCAGGUGCACAACGGCCCCAGCUGUCUCGCCGUCAUCCUUUCCCCGGUACCCGCACAGCCAGGGGCCCCUCCGCCGCCUGCUGACGACGGCUCCUCCCUCCGCGCCCCCUUCAGUGCCAGCAGCAGCAGGGGCCCCUGAAGGCUCAGAAGAGCCCCAGGGGGAGCCGACAGGGGCCCCUGAGGUCCGCUUUGAUUUAUCAAGGAUUCCGGGAACGGAAAAGGCGCGGGAUGGGUUUCUGACUUUGGUAUUCACAUGCUGCAAAUGCAACAAGAGGUCCGCCAAGAAGUUCUCUAAGGUUGCUUACACGCAAGGGGUGGUGAUAGUACGGUGCCCCGGCUGCAAGAACCUGCACUUGGUGGCGGAUCGUCUCAAGUGGUUUGGAGAAGAGGAAAGUGACGUGGAGACGAUUUUGGCUGCGAAAGGAGAGAAAGUGUUGCGGACGUUAACCGGUUGUCUAGGGUUAACAGCGCGAGAUGAUUCGAAUAUCCACGUGAACGCCCCAUCUCCCUCAUUGCUUCCUUCCCUGCUGAGCCCGGCCUCCCCCAAUUCUUGGAGAAGAGGGCAAAUAGUAGUUUCUGCCCCUUCUGCAAGUGACACAGGGGUGUUGUUCUCUUCAUUCUCGCUGCUACCACAUAUCCAGGCGGCCGCCGCUGCCAGCUCCGACGACGAGGUAAAAAAAGAGGAAGAAGAGGAGCUGGGCGACGGAUACUUGCCUUCUGCAGAGGAGGAACAGAAUGAAGCUGCAGGUGUGCGUGCGCCGCAUGCCCUGCGCGGAGACAACGACCCCCAACACCCGAGUACAAAUAGGACAGAGGCAGAUGCGUCCCCAGAACAAGAGACCACCGCCCCCACAGAGACAACGGAGUCUCAUGAUGUAGACGGCAAUGAUACAACUCAGUUGGCACUGCCCGCGGUUAAACCCAAACAGAGGGGCCGACCGGGGGAGAAAUUCAGAGAUGAAUACAAGCCCUCAGACUUCACCGUCGAUUCUGUGGACUUAAGCUUCCUCCUAGAAGAGACAGACACAAAGGUGACAGCGACGAUAGUUAUGCAGCGAGCGGCGGGUACUCCGCCUACAGACUUGGUCUUAAAUGGGGAGGACUUGGAUCUUAUUUCUUUGUCAGUGAACGGAAAGCAAAUAAAAAAUGUAGGCGCCACGAAUGCGGCGGCUGAAGGCGAAGAAGGCUACCGACUCGCCCGCGACGGCAGCUUGAUAAUAAGUAAAGCUGUUCUUCCGCAGGAAGCAGGAAAACCUUUUACACUGCAGACAGAGGUGUUUAACCACCCAAAAUCAAAUCUCAAACUCAAAGGACUGUACGUUUCGGGGAAGGCGCUGGUGACGCAGUGUGAAUCGGAAGGGUUCAGGAGGAUAACAUAUUUCCUAGACAGACCCGACGUGCUUUCGAAGUACAAAGUAAGGGGGCGUUCUUUUAGCCUAGAUCAUUUCUGGAUGCAUACAACAUAA